AUGGAGGGCGGGUUUCAUGCGUUGGUGCGGAGAGGCGACGAGCGCGGGCUGAAGGCCGUGAUAGCCGAGAAGGAGGGGCGAGGCACGCGCGAGCUCAAGGAAACGGUCGGCGCGCGCGACCCCUUUGGAAACACGCCCCUUCACUACGCCGCCGAGGGCCGACACGACAUCGCCCUCCUCCUCCUCGCCUGCGGACCGCUCGUGAAUGGAGCGUUCGUGGACGUUGCAGACUACGACGGCUCCACACCUCUCCAUCACGGUGCGGCCAACAACGCUGUCGAGUCGGUACUGCUGCUGCUGGAGCACGGGGCCAGCAUCGAGGCCAAGGACAACGACGGAUACACCGCCCUGCACCACUCGGCCUUCAACAACUCUGUCGAGGUCCUCCACCGCCUCCUCAAAGCCGGGUCGGAUUUGAACGCGAGAGACGCACAGGAGGGCACUACAGCGCUCCACUUGGCCUCCUUUGGCGGUUACCACACCGCCGUGCAGCUGCUUGUGGCCGCCGGCGCUAACAUCCACGCCACAGACAACGACGGCGCCACGCCGCUGCACAAGGCGGCGUUUCAGGGCUCGCUCGACUGCCUCAAGUUUUUGGUGUCGCAGGGCGCGGAGGUCAAUCGAAAGGACAACACGCUUUCCACGCCGCUCCACCUCGCGGCCUACCAGGGCCAGCUGGAGUGCAUUCAAUUCCUCGUUCAGUCCGGCGCCAAGACAACUGAGACAAACAAGCACGGGAGGACGCCGCUGCAGUUGGCCAUGGCCAAGGGGCAUUUGAAAUGCGUGGAAUUCCUCAAAAAGGCGCAGGAGACCACUCCGGCUGCGCCCACGCCCGCCUCUCCUCGUGUGGCCCCCGAUGUCAGCGCCGCCCAGCACCACUCGCAGCGCGACAUUCCGACGAACAUGAGCACGGACAACGACGACUCGUCGGACCGCAGCUGGGUGUGGACCAGCGACGACGACGACAAUAACGAAAACGAAGAGCAGGGGUGGAUCUUCGACGGCAGCGGCGAGCGGCGGGCGGUGGUGCACAAGAACAAGAACUCGACGCACGAGGCCACCGCGCAGGCCACGUCGACAGCUGCCGCCGAGCAGCAGCCGCAAGAGAAGAAGAAGAAAAAGAAGAAGAAAAACCUCUCCGACCGGCAGAAGAAGGAGAAGGGCGACAAGGACCGCAAGCUGAAUGGCAUCGGGAAGAUGAUCAAGACUGCCUCGCUCGCCAGCUUCCAGCUGAGCCCGCGGAGUCGACGCAACGAGGACCUGUUGGAACGAUUCUCGAUGCUGCCGGCCAAGGAGCGCGAAGACCUGAAGAGCCACAGCUCUGACGCCAUCGACUCGAUCAAGGAGGUGGCGGGCGACUUCAUCGUGCGCGGCGGCAACGGCGGCGGCGGUGGCGGUGGUGGAUUCGAUAGGAGCGAGAGCGACCUCACCGAAAACGACGGCGAGAACGAGGCGACGCUCACCUCGUACCUCACCGACUCAGACGACAGCGACGACGAGUUUGGCGAGAAGGAAAUCGACUACUCCAAACUCGACAAAUACGGCUUCCUCAAGGACGAGGGGGAGACUUCCGAAUCUUCAAUGAAGCGACGAGCCAUGGAGGCCUCGCGAGCGCUCAAAUGGAGCAAGAUCAUUCAACACUGGGAGAUCUACAAGCGAAAGAAAAAGCUGCCCAAGCUGCACGGGCGGGUGGCCAAAGGCAUACCGGACUGCGUGCGCGGGACCGUGUGGAAGCUCAUCGUCAAUGCGCGAGGGGUGCAGAAGGAACUGGGCUUCAGCUACCCGGAACUGUGCGCCAAGGCGCACAACACAAAAGACGGGCGUCAGAUCGAUCUCGACAUCAAACGAACGUACCGCAAUCACUUCAUGUUCCGCGACAAGAAGGGCAUGGGACAAAAGGCGUUGUCCAACAUCCUGAAGGCGUACAGCAUCUUCAAUGUCGACAUCGGGUACUGCCAGGGCAUGGCCGACAUCGCUGCGCUCCUGGUCAUGUACAUGGAAGAAGAGGAGGCGUGGUGGACUCUUGUGGCGCUGAUCAGGCGAUACGCCAUGCAGGGCCUCUUCAGCUUGGGCUUUCCUCGGCUGUUCCAGUGCUUCUCCGUGCACGAAAAGCUGCUCCAGCGCUACCUCCCCGCUCUCCACGCUCACUUCGUACUUUUUGCCACCCGCAAGCUGCCCUUCGCUUGGCUUAUCAAUCACCCCAGCUGCAGUGAUACUUUUGUUAACGUUAACCGCGAUGGCCAGGCCAAGGCGGGCAUCGAGACAGCCAUGUACGCGACCAAGUGGUACAUGGACAUCUUCCUGGGCGCCCUUCCCUUCCCGGUCGUGCUCAGGGUGUGGGAUCUGUACUUGUGGGGCGGACCCGACGUGGUGUACCGAUUCUCGCUGUCGGUGCUGAAGCACUUCGAGAGCGAGCUGCUGUCGCUCAACUUUGAAGACGCGCUCUCCUUCAUCAACGAGCUCCCCAAACGGAGAAUCGACACCGACGAACUCAUCAAGGCCUACAAGAAGCUGCAGGCAACGAUCAAGACUUCGAAAAUCGUCAAGCUGGAGGAGGACUACGCGGCGGCCAACCAGGGGGUCAAGUUUCUGGUGGGCGCCAGGGACCUUACCAAGACAAUCACGGGCGAGGAGGCAUCGUCACCUCGCGGCACCAACAACGCCACUAAUGGGAAGAAGAGGCGAGCCGGCACCGUCAUCAUGCCCUUCUCCCCGACGUCGUCUGCGGCCAAGUCGUCGAGCGCGGCGUCGGCACCGCCUACUUCCUCCGUCUCGCUGCCCUCGUCGCCAUUACUCAGCGACACAACAGACCCGGCCGCAUCACCAGACCCGCAGGACAAGAAGGAAGCCCUCCAGAACCUCCUCAAGAGCAUGUAG